UGAUUGAUUCAUUAGGAACAAAUAACAACCACAGGGGCUUAAUUGGUAUUUUCAACCAGCGAUUCUUACCGGACUAUUUUUAGGCUGUGACAUGUAAUGGGAGAGGGCAGCUGCAGACACACGCCACAGGGGGGGAUCCUGCUCCAAGUGCAAAAAAUACACUUUGUAGUCUUCUUGCAGCCUAAGAAAAACAACGAGUUUUUCACGAAUCCGAAGGGACUGACUGACGAGGUCAACCAGCGGAGUUUUAUUUAGGCCUGGAGCUCCUCUGAUGUUCCCCAGCAGCUGCCGUGAACGUGUCUGAGCGCAUGUGUACGCGCGUCCGGACUUUCCAACACUUCCCAUCGGACAGCUCUUUCUGAAAAUCACAGUCACCAUGACUCUCCAGUGGACUGCUGUGGCUUUCUUCCUGUAUAUAGAGAUAGCAGUCAGCCUCAUCUUGUGCAUCCCCUUCAUAUCAGCACAGAGAUGGCGUGUGGUUUUCGGCUGGAGAAUAUGGAGCUGGUUGUCUCCGUAUUGGAACAAAUGCUUCUUUACCAUGAUCAUGGUCCUUAUCGUUCUUUUCCUUGAUGCCGUGCGUGAGGUGCAGAAGUACUCGGCUCCUGAGCCAAUGCAAGAUGCUAAAGUCAACCCGAAUUUGUACGACCACGUCCACAUGAAGCUCUUCAGGGCCCAGAGGAACCUCUACAUAUGUGGCUUCUCUCUCUUCCUCUGGCUUAUCAUGCGUCGGAUUGUCACCUUACUAAACGAGGCUGCUGUCACUCUGGAGAACAGUGCAGGUCUGCAGGCUCAGAUGGAAAACGCUGUCAAGGCCGCCAAGCAGCACCAGGAGGACAACCAGACACUAAAACAAGCUCUUCUGGAAGAAGAAAAAUCCAUGUCAGCAAAAAAACAGCAGCUGAAGCUCGAGGUUGAAAAGCUGGCAGGUCAACUAAAGGCUGCUGAGGAUGCUGUGCACAAAUCUCAUGCUGAAGUGGAAGCAAUGAAGAGACAGGCCAAAGGUCUGGCACACGAGUACGACAGACUACUGAGGGAACAUCAUCAGCUGCAGAAUCUUCAGAGCACAGAAGACAAAAAGGAUCAGUAAACACCGGAGUACUUUAACAGAUGUUUCCUGGUGUUUCUGCUCCCUCCAUGGAUACAUUUUCUUCUUAUUUUGGUGGGACUGUGCACCUUUUUUCAAACUAUACAUGAUAAGACAAAUAGUAGUGUUUUGAGGGGUAGUAAAUUCUGAAUUACAAAACUCUAUAUUAAGUGUCUUUUGUAUGUUUUUGUAAUAAUAUUUUAAAGUCUCUAAAUGAAUGGGAAACAAAAACUCAGGCUUAAAGAAUAUUAUUUAAGAACGUUUAAAACCUGAGACACACUAAUGCUAGGAUUUUUUUUUUAACUGAUUGUACUAUUUUCAUAAUAUAACAGAGCACCCCAAUAUUGUCCUGCACAUAAUGAUCAGUGUAUACCUGCCAAAUAGAGGUUAUUUAUCAUCUUUUUCAUGCUAUUGAUGAAUGCUAAAUCACUGCUUUUACAACAGUAAAGGUCUCCCUGUCACACAGGUGUCUCACCUCUGCUUAAAUUUACUGUAAACUUUUUGUUCAGACAGAGUUGUUUUUUUAAUCUUUUUUUUAAUGACAAAUUGGAGGAAAAAUCUGAACCUUUUGACCCCUACAGUGAGGUUGGGGGUCUUUUUGUUGCCAUGGUUUGGCUCCAUAUUCACAGGGCAUGAGCUGUUUGAUGAGUGAGAAAAUGAUGUCAUAACCUUCACAGUCACCAGAUUUCUACCCAAUUUGACGCCUUUGGAAGACUUUGCACCGACAUGUCCACCAUUAUCAUCAUCACACCAAAUGAGAGAAUAUAUUGUGGAAGAACGCUGUUUAUCACUCCAGUAGAGCUUCAGAGAGGAGCGUUGAACCUGCUCUGGCGGCCCAGUAUCUCUCUAAGACACUAUGCUUUUUCCUUCAAUUGCUCACCUAUGUAUUUGUCUUUAAACACCAACUUUCCAGUGGCAUAACUACUCACCUACCUGCAGUUUGAUAGACUGAUUUUAGAAAUGAAGCUAUACUUGACAUCUUGCAGUAUCAUUUGUUGACUGGUACGUGGCGAAUGCAUGAGCAUGAACAAUAAACAAAAUCCCAGAUAG